UAUAAAACACAUUUGUUAUUAUACUUUUCACACUACAGUGUAGAUAUCCAGUCAGAUACAGAACCAUGAAUCCUGAUAUUAUGAGAGAGCGGAAAAACGCCACUUUUGGUGUCGAGAAACUGACCCACAUUUUAGAUGGGGGGCCUGAAAAGACCAAAAGACGGCGAGAGAUUGAGUCGAUGGUUCUCAGCGACCCGGACUUUAAGGAGGAGGACCCAAACUUCCUGUCCCGCAGUGAGCGCUAUGACCAGGCUGUUAAAAAGAGUGCCCAACUGAUCCCAAAGCUCAGAGAGUAUGGCAUUUCAGACCCAGUGGAGAUCUACUGCUACAAGAACUUUGUGCACCAAGACAGGCCAGAUCCCUUGGAUCUCCAUCUGGGGAUGUUCCUGCCCACACUGCUCAUCCAGGCCACCCCAGAGCAGAUGGACCGUUUCUACAUGCUCGCCUGGAACCUAGAGAUCAUCGGCACCUACGCUCAGACUGAGAUGGGCCACGGUAAAAUGAACAGCAGUCCAAAAUAUCAGGCCUGUUUAGGCCAGUCAGACAGGGAUUAUUUGGUUACUUUAUUACUGGCAAUAGACCCCAGAAUUGUUGCGUAA